GCUUUGUGUUCCAGUUUUUUUUUUUCGUGUCAAAAUCAGCAGCAUCAUUUUGCAGCGAUCUACCAACGAACUUCAGUUCAGUUUUCACCUACCAAACGCCAAAAUGGAUGUGUGUUCUUUCGUUCAGUUCAAUCACAAGGGCAGAACACCCUUCCUGAUUGGACUACUCGUGGGAUUCACGAUCUGCAACUUUGUGUAUUUUCCGACGUACUUUCCCACGUAUCUGGGAGAACGCAAACCCCGGCCACCGAGUUACGCUAAUAUGAGUAAAAGACGUACACAACAACUAGAACUCUCGGCGACAAGCGUCCCAGGCACCGUCGCCGGUCCGACUAUCCCCCCAGGUCCGGUCCAUCCGACGCCGUUCAAUAUCACAGACCCUCUCAGUGGAUACGUCAACGUUCUGAAAGAUAAAGACCCCUUCAAGCGGCACUGUAGUGUCUGUGCCUUGGUGUCCACCUCUGGUCAUGUCCUGAACUACACGGCCGGAGAGGAAAUUGACCAGGCCGAGUGUGUGAUCCGUAUGAACCACGCUCCCGUGAGCGGAUUUGAGAAGCACGUCGGAACCAGGACCACAGUCCGCGUAGCCACGCACACCAACUUUGAGGAAGCCUGGAGAGAAAUCACACACAUCAUUUCCACAGAAAACCGGUCAAGCCUGAUUGUAUGGGGUCCAGACCGUACCAUGAGGACAGACGGAAAGGGGGAGACAUACAAUUAUUUACUCAAUCUAACUAAGGCUUCCACUGACGUGGAGUUUUACAUGCUGACACCAGAGAGAAUGACCUAUUCUCACAAACUCUUUGAUAACGAGACUGCUUUGCCAGGUCGAAGAGAAAUCUGGCUCAGCACAGGCUGGUUCACGAUGGUCCUGGCUACAGAGAUGUGUGACCGGAUCAAAGUGUACGGCAUGAGCAACGGAGACAACUGCAGUCGAAGAGAAAUCUGGCUCAGCACAGGCUGGUUCACGAUGGUCCUGGCUACAGAGAUGUGUGACCGGAUCAAAGUGUACGGCAUGAGCAACGGAGACAACUGCAGGGACCCGAAUGCUUACCCGGCGGUGUACCAUUAUUACGACAAAGGCCGCGGGAAAGAAUGCGAUGAAUACAACAGGAUGGAAAAAUUAAAGAAACAGACACAUCGCUUCUUCGCAGAGAAAAAGGUCUUCGGAAGAUGGUCAAAAUACAACAACAUCACAUUUCACUUCCCCACAUGGACACCUAAAGAAUGACUUGACUCAUAUGAUCAUGGAACUAAGAAAGAUCUAGUAAAUUUAAUGUUGAGCAUAAAAUGCCCCCAACACCUCAAAACACACCGAACAAGACUGGCAAUGAAAACAUACAUUG